UCCAUUUUGGUUUAGUGAACAUUUUUUUGACCAAGAAAAAUUUGAUCAAAUGGUCACAAAAUAAAAGGUUUUUGUACAAAAUAUAAUACCAAUCUGUAAAAUUUACUUUGCGUAUAAAAUGAACAUCAGUUUAUAGAUAAAACAGUGUUUUAACGGAGUGUGAAAUAUAUUGUGUUGUUCGCAUUAUAAGGUGUAUAUUGCCAUUGUUGUCAUAAUUAUUUUUUUCUGCAUGUGGAACGAUUGGAAGUAAAAUGCAGUAGCAGAAACAUAAAAUGUGUCAUUAUGAAUAAGAGGGAACCGCUGAUGGGAAUUAUCGUGAGGAGGUUAAAGUAAAAAUUUCCUUGUCAAACAUUAUUACCAAGUAGGACGGUACAGAUCAUUUCAACAAAAUGGGCGAAAACGUUCAAUGUCCAGUAUGUACACUUUACCUGCAUGCGGGUAUGAAUCUGUCCGAUCAUUUAGAAACGCAUCCAAAGGAACAAGUGAUUAGAGCAUUAGUAGAAAUGACUAUUUCUGGUGUUGGCGGAAGUACUUCUGUAUUAUCAUCUGUAUUAAAAGGCGUCAGUGGCGAAAGAGCUGAAACAAAGAAGCAGUCUAGUGAAGAUGAAGGAAAGUCACUGCUAGAAGAAAAUAUCAGUGAUUCCAAUGUUAUUGGUAGCAGUGGCAGCUGCAACGCAAAUGUAAGCAAUUCUACUAAUCACUCUUCAUUUUCCAACCAAAGUACCACAAUCAGCCAAAACGCGAAAAACGUAAUAAAUUUUCCAAACUCACAAUCCACCGAUAGUGACGCAACGGAAGUUAAUUUGCCAGUGAAAGCAAUAUUGAAAUCAAAGGAAACACCCACUCCUAGUAAAGAGCAGCCUUGUAAAGAGAUCACGAAUGAUAUAUUUACAAACGCUCAUCGAACUUAUUCAAAUGCCACGAACGAAUUGCCAAAUGCAGAAACUAAUUUUACAAUUUUUGGAAAUCAACGAUACCUUCCACAACAACGGCAAGUCGGAAAUCAAGCGAAUCAACAAAUGCCUCCACCACCCGUGCCCCAAACUCAGCAUCCAGACAUUUCGCGUACUAUUCCACCACCACCUCUGCCUCAAACCAUUCAGCCAAUUCAUAAUGGGUACCAUUCCUUACAGUGCGAAAUGCCACAUCACCCCCCACCGCAGCAUGGUUCCCAUAUGGGGAAUUUGUCAAGUCAAGAACGGCAGGGACAUAUUUUUGCGGGCCAACAGCUGACAACACCGCCUCUUCAUCAAGCGGAUCUAAAAGUUAUAUAUUCUUCAGAAUUGCCUCCCCCACCACCUCUGCAGCUUUUCAGCUAUCAGUCUCCCUCACAACUACAACAUCAUCACCAAAAACCCCCACCGGCUUACGGAACUGCUAUUAGUCAGAUUCGAUCUCAAAAUAAACAUCAAGUGUCUGGGCCGUUCGGCUCGCAACACCAGCUGGCGUCUAUCACCUCACAUUCGCAUCAUGAUUCACUACUUCACCAGCAACAGCAGAUACAUUCGCAACAGCCAUCUCAUCAACAACAUGUGCGAAUGCACGGAACUAUGCAACAAACACCUGAUGUGUCUGCAAAACAUAUGUUUUCUAAAACAAAUGAUAUGCCCUCAAUGCCAUCUUCUUCCACAGUAUCGCCUUUAAUUUCAAGGCUCGCGGCGGGGACACAUCAGCAACAACUACAAGGCAAAUUUAUCCCCACUCAACAGCAACAACAAAUCACUGAUGUAGGAAGUUCAACACAGUGCAAUAAUUCUACUGCAAAUGACAAUCAGAAUAAAAUUGUUAAAGGAUCCAUAUCAGUCAGUACGUCUUCUACAAUUACGCAUUCUGCACAGUCCCAAGUUGCUAUUAGCCCCGCAGUAGCAUCAGCAUCAAUUGCUGCUGUUGCAGCAUCAACAUUAAGUCGACAUACCAACUCGCCCUUCGCUGCUUUGCUUGCAGCUGCCGCGGGAGCGCCGUCACCCUCGAACACUUCCUCUGUUUUAAGAUAUGCCGAAUCUCCGGUAGCUCAUUAUCUAGAACGGGAUAAUGGUGAUUUUAUUGUGCAAGAAACGCCGAAACAUAUUGUUGAAUGUGUGGAAAAAGAUAACGGAGAGUUUUCAGUAAUUGAGCGUAUUUAUCAGUCUCCGCCAAGCGUCUUGCACAUUCAUGAUGAUGCAGAUGAUGACGACGAUGAUGCUGAGAGCGCCGAAAAAGUCACUAAAAGUAACAACGACGCCAAUAAUGACUGCGAUGAUAGGGAGUCAAAGGAAGAAAUAAGGGAAAGUCAAGGUAAAAAUCAUGUAAAGAAAAGGGUGUCCAUAGCGUCGUCGUCAUCAUCAAGGGAUGAUAACCGAAAUCCUAAUAAAAUAUCAUUUGAAGCUAAAUAUGCUAGUAGGAAGUGCAAACUUAAAGAGCCUUCUUCAUUAGAAAGCGACGUAAUGGACUUUGUAAGCAUUUCAAGUGAUAGCGAUGAGGAAGAGUUUAUCUCCCAUGAAAAAAAGCUUACUAAACACACAGCAGAAAAGUCAAAGAAAAUUGAUGUAAACACUUUACCGACGGCGGUAACAUCGGAGCCAAGGUCACAACAUUCGACAUUAUCAACUGCCGACGCUAAUAGUGUUCCAACAUCUUACUCACCUCAAUCCAAUAGCUCUUCCGCACAUCAAAAUGGCACUAGAAAAAAAUCAUCAAAAAACACUAUUACCGUCUUGAGUGAUGUCCAGUUGAAUUUAAAUGAGUAUUUAGAUUUAGUGGGUAAUAUAAUUGCUUCAAGUAAGGUUGCAGCGCAACGUAGGUCGUUCACUUCGAUUGCCCCUAUACCGUUAGUAAAAAUUGAGAAGGAGGAGCCAAUGGACGAUUAUACAUUGACAGAAAAUGUAGACCAACAACUACCACCAACACCUUUGAAGGCCAAUAAACAAGAGACUGAAGAAUUAACUGAUAAUCAUAGCAGUAGUAGUUCUAGUAAUAUAUCUAAUAAUAUAACAUUAACAGAUCAAACGCAACUGGAUCGGGACGAGAAGAAACCUCAGGUUAUAGAAAAUAUUCAAGAAAAUAAUGUACCACCUUCAUCGUUAAAUAUUAACACUAGCCAGGUUACCAGUGUAAUACGUAUGGCGUCUACUAGUCAAAAUACACUACACCCAUUACCACCAGAGCAUUUGAUAAAUAGAACGAUCAACAACAUUACUGAAAGUGUUAGUUUUGUAUCAAAUGAUUGUGCAAAAACGGCUGAGGCGGAAGAUCUCUCUUAUCAUUUGCGAAAUAAUCAGCUAACGGGCCACUCAAAAACAUUGGGACAAACAACGCUGGGACGUAAAGGCCCUAAAAAACUGGUUAUCAAACCAAAGCCGUUAAAGAAUAAUACGACAACGUUAGUACAUUCAAUUGGAGACGACCAGCAACCUUCUACUUCUGCUAAGGCCUUGAAAGACCAUCCUAAUGUUAUCCGCAACGACGAGGCGUUAACUGAAAAUGAGGUGCAAGUGAAGAAUGAACCCAUAGCAUCGAUUACAUUUGAAAAUCAUCAAUAUCACCCACAUAGUAUUUUGGAGCAACAUCUCACUUCCAAAGAACCUAUAUUGGUUUGCAAAGAAGAGAAGCCUUGUAUACAGGAAUCCAGCUUGCAUACAUCCAUUAAAGAAUUGAAAAUAGAAAAUAAUGUUAAUGAAGAUGCGCGAGUUCUUUAUGAUUUUGCUACUUCAAAGAAAGCCAACGCAAACAGCAAAUCGUCAACUUUCCCAUCACCCACAUCGGUAUUUGCCAAAAGUUCAAAAGCGAAUGUUGUAAAUAAGAUAGGCGACUCAAAUGAUAGCUGCAAUAGCCACUUGGAACCAAAAACGUGUUCAUAUGCAUGUCAAUCUGAUGUGGGCGCAGAAAAUGCAUGUCAAGACCAAACCAAAAAUACUUCUAGCACUGCAACCUCACUGUCUGAGCAAAAUCCACAAAUUUUUUCGGAUUUUCCCUUCAAUUAUCUUUACGCUUGCAAUGACGCAGCGGAGCAAGUAGACAUUAAAAAUUCCCAACAGUUAUCCACAAUUUACCAAACAUCUAUUGCGCCAGCUCAGAACGCGAGUAAUACAAUGGUAGUAGAUGACUCGUCUUCCAGCAAAAACUGUUCUGAUUAUCACCAAAAGCAUGCUACCGAAUCAAUGCAACCUCAAAAUCAAUGGAUCAGUAGUUUUCAGACUACAUCCGAUGACAAUGGCCAGCCUCUUUCAUCAGCUCAUUCUAAUUCAAAUUUGCAUACACAAUUGUCUGCAGAAUGUAGUAGAGCAUUAGAUGUCAGCGAUGUUGGAAAAUAUUUGGAAAUAGAUACAUGUAAAAGGGAGCAAAAUGCCGAUUUAAUUGGAAAUUCGUCUGGUGGUGGGCGCUCCACACCUCCGCCUCCAUCAUCCUGUACAUCCUCCUCUUUCACCGACAACAGCAUGGCUGGUAUAUGUUCAACAGCUGGUACUUUAAAUAUACGCACAGACGAAAAAAUGCCUGCCAAAGGAGAAAUUUCCGAGCAAGAAAGUAAUUGCGACAUUGACAAUUCGUGGAGCCAACCGAUAUAUGGAGAUAUAUCUGCACGAUUCUUCAAGACUAAUUUUCCUGGGAUAUUUCAACCGGACAAUGGCUGGAACCAUGAAGAAUACUUUACAGUGCAAGAUUUAAGUGCAUCAUCAGCAUCUCAUACAGUUAAUGUAAAUAACAGCAAAACAAAAAGUUUUGACUUUCGUCUUCCUUCGGAAGAAAGUAGCAGCGUAGUAGCGGCAAACAGUAGUAGUGCUUUAACUGCCUUCUCCCAGAAUUCAAAUGAUAAUUGCAAUAUAGACACAAUGCCGUCUACGUCCGCAAAGAUCAGAAAACGACGUAAACGCAAUUCACAAGAUGGAAAGAUGUCUUCAACCGGUUUGAAACGAACACAACCAACAUCGACAAUAACAUCGCAACAGAUGGCACAAAACCAUAGCCAAAGUAUUGAUUACAACUUUAUGCCACAGGAACAACAACCAAGUACAUCAUCAGCAUUUUUGGCUGGACCAUCUAUUGCUGAGAUUACAGAGCCAUUGACGUCCUUAACAAUUUUAUCUCAACAAGUUCAGCAGCAAAAGAUUCGUACAAAAGUUUAUGAAUGUGGUCACUGUAAUGUCAAAUAUUCGAAGCUCAAAGACCGUAAUGCUCAUAUGGUUGACGCCCACAACUAUGUACGUCAAAAUAGAAGAUUGGUUUGUUUAACAAAUGGAAUUUCAGUUCCUAUAACAGAUGUUACACCAAUGGGUAGAGCAAGCGGCGGUGGCAAUGAAGCUAUUUUAGCACCAACCGUUCCAAAUUCAGAUGGAAGUUUGGGAGAUUUUAAACAAGGAAUAGUAAAGGUGGAGAAUGAAAACAGUCACCGUGAUGUCCUAGGUUUUGAACAAAUCAGCGCAGAUAUACGAGCAAAGACGGAAGUUUUUGAGGAUGAUAAAAGACAUUUGUCUUUGGUACAAAUUGAACCUUCUUCCGAAGCAGUAGCGGAUUCAAAACAAUCAAAUUUUAAACCCAUUUCUCUCACAACAAAUACAAGCAAAUUAACGACGCUAUAUCGUAUGCUCGUUACGUUCAAUAUGACGACUUUGAAGCAAAGCCAUAGAAUGUCUGAGUUCGACGAAAACUCAAUAAAAUCAUCGAUAUUCUUUUGUUACGUGUGCCGCCAAAAUUUCAAUUCAGUUAAACUGUACGAUGCACAUUUAACUGAACAUCCGGCAGAGUGCUUUACAUGCGGCAAAAAGUUUCAGCGAUGGAAAAAUUUUUCGCUUCAUUUAAAACGACAUUUGGGAUGGAAGGAAUUCGGGUGCACAGUUUGCGAUAAGAAGUUCGUGGUGCGCAGUGCGCUGGUAGAACAUAUGCGAAUGCAUUCUGGCCUGUCGCCGCUGAAAUGUAAAGUUUGCGGUAAGCACUUCAAACGCUAUUCCAAUUUAACACAACAUCGUAAACGGCACACGAAACAGGUAGUACGACGAAAAGAAUAUGUGUGUUACUGCGGUGAGGUGCUGCCGUCUAAAGCUCGCUUUUUGUGGCAUAAAGAAACUCAUGAUUCGAAGCCAAAAUGUUGUCCCCAUUGCUGCGACCGAUUUGUGCACGUUAACUCUCUAAGACGCCAUAUACGACUUGCUCAUUCGGAAAAAUUCGACUAUACUGAACCGAAGGAGUGCCCGAUUUGUAAGCAGAUAUUUGCGAAAGCUUCUAUGAAAGCUCACAUGGCUACCCAUUCCACUGAUACUCAAUAUGAUUGUGCUAUUUGUAAUAAAUCGUUCUCAACCAAAUGGAAUUUAAAAAUCCACUCUUGGGUACAUGCCAAUCGUACCGCGAAACCAUUUAAAUGUGAACACUGCCCCAAGGCGUUUGUUCGCGAAGUUGACUUCAAAAACCACAUGAACUCGCAUAAGCAAAUAAAGCCGUAUACAUGCGAAGUAUGCGGCUGUAAGUUCAUACGCAAAUAUAACUAUAUGCGCCACAGGCGUGAGCACCAUGGCAAUAAAAAAUACACCUGUGAUCUUUGCAAGAAAUCUUUCCAUCGCCAUUACUAUCUUAUAGAGCACAAACGGAUUCACACAGGCGAAAGGCCUUUCCAGUGUACCAUAUGUGGUAAAAGCUCCACAACCAAAACAAAUCACAAUAAACACUUAAAAAUACAUCAUUCGCGUGAUCCAUUUACAGUUGAAGUAUAGACAGCUCUAUGGCUUCUCACAUUGAAUGUGCUUUUUUUUUCUUUUUAAUUUUGCUUUUAUAUUUAGGUUAGAAAACAUUUAAUUCUAUUCGAGUAAAAGCGAAAAAAUUAUAGAGAACAUUUCAAAUAAUUAUAAGUAUGUUCGUGUAAUCAAAAAUUUGUGCAAAUUUACACAAAUUGUUACUGGAAGUCGUUCGCGUACUUUAUUUGCCAGCAGAAGAUAGAAUGAGAGUGCGUGAGAGCGAGCAACAUUUUAAGAGUUCGGUAAUUGAGAGCUUGCAAAUUUCUACUGGUGGUUUUCCCCUGUGGAAAUGUGCAGCAUAGAACAGCUAUUUUUUGAGAGACUAAAGCUGUUCUUACUCCCCUGCAAAUUGCUACUGGAAAAGUGCGCGAAUAGACCUUAUGUGUGAGUGUGAAUGUUAUUUAAUAAAUUUCUGACAGGAUAAAAAGGGUAAACCAUCAGAUGUCUUACCUAUAAUUUACCCUUUAUCUUCUGCUAUUCGACGUAUAUAUUUUUGAAAUAAUAAAAUUGUAAAACCUAUUUUUAAGCCACGUUUGCUUUUUGUAUGUCGCGAUUUACAAAUAAUAAAUACAUCGAUGCCUCAAUUCGAUAUUAUGCUAAGUUAAA